GACCGGGACCGAGUGGGCCGGAGACCGGGAGCUGCGCCUCGGGUUUCGGCUGCACCACCGGCGGGUCGUGAAUCCUUUCGAAGGCAGAGCUGAAGCGACCGGCGGAGAUUCCGUGAGAUGUUUCAGCUACACGGAGGCGCCCGGCCUUUCCCCGCCGAGGAUCGGGGCCUGUUGUCUGGAGUUGUCUCCCAGACCCGUCCCUUCCUGCUGGGAGACGGGAGCUGCCCCGCAGCGGCUGCCGGUGGAUCUCCGGAGCUCUCACCGCUCCCCUGUGCAAUCCGAACGGCUGAAAACCAAGGGAGAACAAGGGGCAAAGGUUUCGGAAUUGAAUGGACAUAUCCUGGGGCUCAGCGGUGAUGGGAAGUUGCAGGAAAGUGGUGCUGAGGUCAAAAGUCAAGCAUGUUCUGAGUGAAGGGCAGAAGAGGCGCAAGGGGCCGAAUGGCCACACCUUCUCUAUUUCUUAUUUUUUGAAACACGAGUUUACCUUUGCGCCUCACUGUUUCUUGUCCUGUCAGAUUGAACAGGGAGCGCUGAGAGCACCGGACAUCUAUCGGCAGCCGCUGCGGUUAUUUCAUGUUCUCGUUGUUUAUUUGCAUUGGCGAAGUUUGUUGUCUUCUGCACUCUGGCUGAUCUUUCAGUGAUCCAGAUAUAGUUACCGUUCUGUAGCUUUGCUCUGUAUGUUUGUAGGUGUUGUAUGUGGUGACUUAUAUGUACUCUGUUAGUUUUUGGAACAGUCGCUUGGGUAAUCUGAGGUGGAGGAGUAUUUGGGGCUUAUUUAAAACUAUGCAUAGAUAUUAUCCAAAUAGUGUUUAUCUGACGGGUUAAUUCUGAUAUUGAAACUAACUGUUAUUUUUGUGGUUUAUAACCAGAGGAUUUUUUUCAUCUGUUUUGGGAUUGUGAAUAUGUUAAAACAUUUUGGGUUGAUGUUUGUCAAUUUAUAGAUCAUUAUAUUAAUGUGGAUUUUACUUUCUGUUUUGAAAAUGUCUUAUCUGGGUUUACUAAUUUUACUUUGAACUUUGAGCCUUUGGGAACUUGUUUUGUUUCUGAUAUCAAACCUUGACUGACAUAUCCAGCAACCGGCAGCAGCCCGUCCUCGGACACACUCACAGCCAAUCAGAGAACACCCCUGAGAGACUCUUGCCUCCAUUGGCUGAGGAGUGUCAGUGGGUGGGAUGCUGGGCGGACCGAAGUUUGGAACCGGGAACGAGUGGACCCGGUGAGAGACCCGAGAUUGGGAGCAGAUCCCCGGGUAAAGGCUGCAACAGCGGCCGGAGUUUUGAAUCCUUCCGAUGGUGGAGGUGAAGAUUCGGGCGGAGACACCGUGAGAUGUUUCAAUCACACAGGGGGUGCCCGGUCUUUACCCGCCGUGGAUCGGGGCCUGUUGUCCGGAGUUUCCUCCCGGUCCUAUCUCCUGCUGCUGGGAUCCGGGAGCUGGCCCGCAGCGGCUGCCGAUGGAACUCCGGUGUGUGAGCGCUCCCCUGUGCAAAAGGACAGGCUGAAGGUCAAGGGAGAACCAGGCGCAAAGGUUAGAAAUGACAAAAAUUGUGUACGGGAAUUUUAAACAGAACAACAUGUCAGUUUGCUGUCUCUGCCCAGAUAUUUAAGGAGUUACUAGAUACUUAACAAUGUACCACUGUUGAUCCUUGGAGAUGAAGAAUUUUGUCAUCACAGCUGGAAAAGUGCUUUGUGUCUGAAAUGAAGUUUUCUGUUGUAACUCACUGAAAUCCACUGGAACCGGGGAGCUGAGAACACACCAGCAUUUGUUCACUGGAGAUCAGUUCUUCAACUACAUUGAUUGUGCAAGGGGUUUACUACAUCUGAUAUUUGAUUUAUGAAUUGACAAAGAACUGUGGGAAGGGAUUCACUCUUCACUCACUCAUCUCACCUGCAUGCACAACAGCGAGUUCACACUGAUAAGAUGUCGUUCACCUGCGCUGAUUGUGGGAAGGGAUUCCCUCGGUCAUCCAGCCUACUGACACACCAGCGAGUUCACACUGGUGAGAAGCCGUUCACCUGCUCAGACUGUGGGAAGGGAUUCACUCAGUCAUCGCAAUUGCGGAGACACCAGUCACUUCACACUGGGGAGAAGCCAUUCGCCUGCUCAGACUGUGGGAAGGGAUUCACUUGGUCAUCUGAACUGAAGAUACAUCAGCGAACUCACACUGGGGAGAGGCCAUUCACCUGUUCAGACUGUGGGAAAGGGUUUAUUCGGUCAUCUCAACUGAAGGUACAUCAGCGAGUUCACACUGGGGAGAGGCCGUUCACCUGCUCAGUCUGUGGGAAAGGAUUCACUCAGUCUUCUGUACUGAAGGAACAUUAGCGAAUUCACACUGGAGAGAAGCCGUUCAGCUGCUCA